AUGGAUACAAUAAAGAACUUUGCCAAUUCAUUUGUAAACAGAGACCAAAAGAAUAAUACAGAGGGAAAAGUUGUUCCUUUGGAAGACAAAGACAAAGAACCGUUAUCUAUAAAACGUCCCUUGGUUAGGUAGCUAUAUAAGUGGAUGAUGUAGUAUGGCUGAUGAACUACAGAUGGUGGCGAGCAAAGGACUCUAAAAGAUAAUUUAAUAGGUGGACAAUGCAAAGUCUGAUGUAAAGUAGGGUUUCUCAUAAUUGGAUGAUAAGUAAUUGAAAGUUGGACAAUAAUAGAUUAAAGAUGAUGUUGAAGCAGUAUACACAGUAAAUUAAUGUCUGGGCAAGAUCAAAAGUGAUAUCAUCGGUAAUCAUUGUGAUUGAGAAAUUUCGACCUACUGUCAAAGAAGGACUCAAAGAUCCUGAUAUGUGUUAGUGCGUGAAGAAUUUAGUAUUUUAGACAGUUAUUUUAACAGGUUGAUGAUACUGUUGAUGCAACUUGGCCAGAAAUAGUGGAUGAAGUGAAAUAUCAAUUAAUGUUGCAAAUGGCCGAUCCUUACAUAGAAAUAGAGGAAAAAAAGCAAUCGAUAAUUUGCUUAUACCCCUUUAUUUGGAUUCGUAAUUGGUAUCUCUAUGCAAAUUAUCCAUUUGACAGAAGCUCUUGGAAAUAGUAUAAGACUAUGUAUUUAUACGAAUUAAUAAUUUAGAUCAUAUUGGUUUUGGUAUUUAGUCUCGGCGAUUCCAUUUUAUGGUGUUUCAGAAUAUUUCUAUGUUUUUGAUUUCUUCAUGAUUGAUAAGGGUGAUGAAUACUAGUUGGUUAGUUUUAUUUUAAGUUUCAAAACGUAAUUUAAUACGAUACAUAUAGGAUGUUUUUUAUUACUUAAGGAGUAAUGAAAGCGUUAAUCGGAUAUUUCAUGCUUUACGCUUGCACAACUAUGAAUUAUAUUGAUAGUACUUAAUAAGAAGAUUGCACAAGGAAGGGACCAGGAGCUAGCAUUGAAGUCUUUUCAGAAGUAGUUGGAUAGAUUGCUUAAGUCGUUCUUAUAUGGGUAGCCUUUUUCCUUUUGGGAUGUUCUAAAUAAAAAGGAAAACCUAUUUUUUAAUAUGACGACACUCCCCCAGUUAAGGAAGGAUGUUUUGAAAGAGGAGCUCGUCUAAAGUACUUUAUGUUUUGGGACCUCUUUGCAUUAGGAGCCAGCAUAGGACUGUUUUGGUUAGUGUAUAUGACAUAGGACGCUAGGCCUAAUUUUGAUAAUUCUGGAGAUUUUGUAAUUAAAAAAUAAGAUAAAAAUAGAUUUACUUUACUGAAAUUUGCUAUGGAAUGUUGAGUUUUCCAUUUUUAAUUUUUAAUAUACCUUUUAUAAAUGGAAGAUUGACAAAGGCCAAAGAAACAGCAUAUGAUAGAAAAGGUAACUGUGUACCUGCAAUCGAUGGUUUAAGAAGAACCUUAAAGCCUAAAUAAGAGGAGGAUGUAAACCUUUUAUUGAAUACUUUGACAAUUGAUGUAGGAGAAGUGUUUGAUGGUUGA